GGUCUAAACUAGUCACGAGCACCAUCACGUGAAAAAUGACGGACAGAUACUCAACCAACCAAAUUUGAUCUUUAGUAAACAGGAAGAAAAAAAACCAACCAAACUACUGAAGGACUUUAGAAUAAUAAGCACUAAUAAGUUAAGGAAGAGGUAUAGAAAUUAUCUAAAACAUAAUAAUCAUGACUUUAGCUACUGAAUUUGCCGAGACUACCCGUCGUUCAGCUACUCAAGCAGAUUUAAGUAAAAGAGUAUUACAUUUAUAUCGUAAAUAUAUGAGAAAUUCUAAAGAAUUUUGUGAUAUAUAUGAAUUAGAUAUGCCAGUAGCUAAUGUUAAAACUAAGAUUAGACAAGAAUUUGAAAGACAAAGAUAUGUUGGAGAUUUAGAUACUGCCAAUAUAUUAUUGGCUAAAGGUCAAAUGGAAUUUCAAGAAUUAAUAAACUUUUGGAAACAACAAUGUCAUGUAUUAAGAUAUUUUGAUGAUCAAAAUAGAUAUAAUAUUGUUGAUAAGAAUGAUUUCGUAAGAAACUUCUUAAGAGGUAAUUAAAUUUAAUAAGAUGCCUCAUUGUAUUAUAGAAAUUUGGCAUGCCCAUUAAUAUCAAAAUUUUGCAUUUUCCUUUCCUUUCCUUUCCUUUCAUAUACUAUACUAUACUAUACUAUACUAUACUAUACUAUACUAUACAUUUGUAUACAAUACAUUAGUAUACAAUUAGUACACUAUCCUUUUACCUCAAUUAUAUACAUUAGUAUUUAUUCGUCAUAUUUAAAAUUUAUAUUCAAAUACAAAUG